AGAGAACUGGUGGGUGUGUUGGCGACUUUUGCAGCUGCCACUGUGUCUCUGUAUGCCCUGGCCGCCUCUCUGCUGAGAAAUGGGCCUUCCCUGUCAUUUCCCUCUGACAUGGACCAGCUCCGAUCCCUGGUCUCCCAGCUGGAAAGGCUGAGGGAGGAGCACUAUGGCAGAGUUCUCUGCGUCUUCUGUGCCGCCUACCUCUACAAACAGACCUUUGCCAUCCCUGGCUCCGUCUUCCUAAACAUUCUAGGGGGAGCAGUGUUUGGGGUGUGGGUGGCCCUGCCUCUGGUGUGCCUCCUGUCUGCCUGUGGAGCAUCUCUCUGCUACCUCCUCUCCCUGGUCUUUGGUCGCAGGCUGGUCACCAGGUACCUGGGGCACCGUCUCGCUCCACUCCAAGAC